AUGGGCAACACAUCCUCCAUGCUCACUCAAUACGACAUUGAAGAAGUCCAGCAACACUGCAAUCACGCAUUUACGCAGCAAGAGAUCGUUUCUUUAUACGAGCGCUUCUGUCAACUCGAUCGCAACAAUUGCGGUUUCAUUCCCUCCGAUGAAUUCCUCUCCAUUCCAGAAUUCGCCGUCAAUCCUCUCUCUCAGAGUUUGUUGAGAAUGCUGGAUGGAUUUAACUUCAAGGAGUUUAUAGCGUUUUUGUCUGCAUUCAGUCCACGCGCCACUCUCCAAAACAAAAUUGAAUUUAUUUUCAAGGUUUAUGAUACAGAUUGCAAUGGAAAAGUUAGCUUUGAUGAUAUAUUGACAGUUUUGAGGGAUUUGACUGGACAAUAUAUGUCUGAAGAUCAGAGAAAGGAAGUUCUGGCACAGGUCCUUGAGGAAGCUGGCUAUACAAAAGGUUCAUUCUUAGUCUUGUCUGACUUCACGAAGAUUCUUGGCAAUUCGGAUUUGAAGAUGGAAGCUGAGGUUCCAGUGGAUUAG